AGGCCCUGCCUGGCUGCUAGCUCCUCCGGCAGCAGAGGUGUCUUCACGGCCUGGAACCUUGUGUGUGCGGGUCUCGCUUCCCGGGCUGCUGGGGGGAAGCGUUUAAGAGUGGGACCGUGAGAAGCGCUUGUAAACAGAGAGCCGGGCAGUGAUGGUUCGCGGCCAGAGCGGCUGUCAUCGUGAGCCGGGCGGGUUCUGGAAGCCCAGCCCCAGUCAGGAGUAGAUUGCAGGCCCAGCAGGUGAAGGGAAAGAAGCAGCUGGGGCCAGUAUCACAUACAAGAUAAAACUGAAAAACAAACAACAUCUAAGUCUCAAAAUGACAGAAGUAGUGAAACCCUGUUGCACAAUUCUGGAGGCUCAAGUCCUCUUAGAGACACAGAAAGCAAAACUGUGUUUGCAGCUAGAGAAAUAUUGAAGUUAAGGAUUGCCAUGGCGUUGCUUUGACAAGCACUUCCUGUUGCCUUCACAGAGAUCUCACUGAAGUAGAAUCUCAGAAGAACGUUGGUCUCCUGGACGCCCUUGUUAAUGGCCAUUAUGAGCUAGCACAUGCUUUUAGUGACAAGGAAAACAUCAACUGUCUGAGUGGUUGGCCUGCUCCAGGCAGCGGAUGCGGUUCCUUUCCGUUGUCCCCAGAACUCUGUUGCGCAGAGCAUCUUUCUUCGGCGGGUGAACGCUCUUGAAGCUCUUUCCCAAACCAGCUUAGGAGGCAUAGGCCUCAGAGCUGGCAACAUGGAAGCUUUGGAAGUGGACGAUAUAAGCCCGGCCUUGGAAGUUACUGAGGAUUUCUUUAGUACUUUUGAUAGUAAACUGGAAAAGGCUGUGCAGCAAGCAGAGGUGUAUGGGAUUCAGGAGGUCCCUGAACUAGUGGGGCACGAGGUCCUCAGUAACAUAACAGACAAUGGUACUAUCAGAAAUGUUGCCUCCCUGGGCGAGGGGGGCAUGAUUUGGGACCACUGUAAGACCAGGCUCUUAGAAACCAAAGCUCAAAAUGUCUUCCCUGCCAAAGAACAGUUUAUGGUCCAGAAAGGGACAACCCCAGAUAAUCUUUCCUGGAUGGAACAAAAGGAAGCAUCGACCUUGAAUUUGUUCAACAUCUGUCAGCGUCGGAGGGACAGACCUCGUUCUGUGAACGACCUACUGGAUGAGACCUCUACUUUUAAGCCAGGGCAUGCUCGAUCAAGGUCGGAUGUUACCCAGGUGGACUGGAGGGUGAUCCUCAAGACCACGCCUUCGAAGCAGCAGCCACAGCAACCAUCUCUUCGGGGCCCUCACUCCAACAGGCCGUCUUUUCUGUCGCCCUCACCAAGUAAGAUAGAAGAUGCUCAAGGAAACACUGAUGCACUCAUGCACUCACUCACUGAACACAAGCAGGCAUUCCCAAACAUUCUGAAGAAGGGUUACCUGGAGGUCAGGAAGGACCAUGACAGUUACUGGCAAAGCUGUUACGCAGAACUCUCACCUUACCACUUACACUUCUACAGCCGCGACAGCAGUGGGAACCAGCACCUCUCUGCCGCGUACCAGCUCUCCCACUUCCAGAGCAUAUCUGUUCUGGGCAACCUCGAGGCCAGGCUGGUGGAGACUGUGCUGUAUGACAGCACUCAGCUGCAGCUGAGGGCGGAGUCACCGUGGGAGGCUUUGGACUGGGGGCAGAAGCUCUGGGAAGUUGUGCACGCCGCAGUGCCUGGUUCCGUGGGGCAGCAGGACACGCUGGCAAACACACCAGGGCUUGGUUAUCACUUGGACUGUACACAGAGUCAUUGUUUACAGAUGAAAUCCAGUGAGCUGCUGCCGCGGUGCCCCGCCUCGGAUAGCCCCAAACAGUACCAGAACAUCCUCAAGUCAGGCACACUCUACAGGCUGACUGUUCAGAACAAUUGGAAGGCAUUCACUUUCGUGCUGAGCAGGGCCUACCUGAUGGCUUUUCAGCCUGGCAAGCUGGACGAGGAUCCCCUGCUAAGCUACAAUGUGGACGUGUGUCUGGCGGUCCAGAUGGACAACCUGGAUGACUGUGACUCUUGCUUUCAAGUCAUUUUCCCCCAGGAUGCUCUCCGCCUCCGUGCUGAGACGCGGCAGAGGGCUCAGGAGUGGAUGGAGGCUCUGAAGACAGCCGCCAAUGUGGCGAGGAGUUCAGAGCAAAAUCUGCAAGUCACACUGAGGACCAAGCCCAAGGAUCAGCUCGGGGGGCACGAGCUCAGGAAGAACAAACGGCAGUCCGUGACCACCAGCUUCCUCAGCAUUCUGACGACCUUGUCUCUGGAACGGGGACUCACUGCUCAGAGUUUCAAAUGUGCAGGAUGCCAGCGGUCCAUAGGCCUUUCCAAUGGGAAAGCCAAGGUGUGCAGUUACAGCGGGUGGUAUUACUGCAGCAGCUGCCACGUGGACGACAGCUUUCUCAUCCCAGCACGCAUAGUCCACAACUGGGACACUUCAAAAUACAAGGUGUCUAAGCAGGCCAAAGAGUUUCUGGAGUACGUGUACGAAGAGCCCCUGAUCGACAUCCAGCGGGAGAACCCCAUGCUGUACCUGCACGCCGAGCCGCUGGCCACCGUGGUGCGGCUGCGGCAGCGGCUCAGAUCGCUGCGAGCCUAUUUGUUCAGCUGCCGGGCAGCCGUGGCCGAGGAUCUGCGCCGAAGAAUUUUCCCCAGAGAAUACCUCCUUCAACAGAUCCACCUGUAUUCCCUCGCCGAUCUGCAGCAGGUAAUAGAGGGCAAGCUGGCUCCAUUCCUGGGCAAGGUCAUUAAAUUUGCCACCUCACACGUGUACAGCUGCAGUCUCUGCAGCCAGAAGGGUUUCAUCUGUGAAAUCUGCAACAAUGGAGAGAUCCUCUACCCUUUCGAGGAUAUUUCAACAAGCAGGUGUGAAUGCUGUGGCGCUGUUUUCCAUUCCGAGUGCAAAGAAAAGUCUGUCCCCUGCCCGAGGUGUGUCCGCCGGGAGCUGCAGAAGAAACAGAAGUCUUUCUGGCGGAGGCUGAACGUGGACGAGAGCCUGGAGGAGGCUUGCAACAUGUUUGAGCUGUCCUACCAGAACACCUGACUGGGCAGGAGCCCAAGGCCCAGCACUGACCUCUCAGUGAUCCACAGCCCCAGCGGCUUCCUAGCAGGCCAGUUAGAUCCCUCGGGAAGGAGAGUAUGUCUCAUCUUCAGCUAGAUAUAGGUAUAUAUUUAUAUGUACUCACACAUACCUGUACGUAUGUUCUGUAUAAGUCAGUGUCUGAAAGGUCCAUGGAGCCUCUGUAGCUCAAAAAACUACCAGUCGCCGAAUUACACUUAGCCAUGAAUUUCAGCUGCUUGCUCCCAAGCAAAACGUGGUUUACAUACAAUGCUUCAUGCUUCAGAAAUUUGUCUUUUCUUUUUUGGCUCUCGGGGGCCAUUUUAUUACACAGGACACAGGAGGAAGCAUUUCCAAUGAACGACAGCCUUUGGGUUAGGUCGGGGUUCUUUAUUUUUAGCCUUCAUAGUCAAUGAGGUAACUGAGGCAAGCACCCACCACCAUCUGUUUCUAAGAAAAUCUUCAAAACACAGGAAUAACGGGUGGGUCCUUCCAGGACCCAGAGUCCCUGGCUCUCACCCCGGUUUCCUCCUCAGAGGCGGGGAUCCCCUAAGCUGAGCUGAGUGGCCUGGAAAUCAGGAGUGCAGCUCCCCUGACAGAAAGCAUGCACCCCUCAUGUAUCAGGAGAACGAGUUCUGGUCCAUGUCAGGAAAGUCUUUUUCUUGAAAAAGAAGGAACUCUGCUACCAGUGACUGCAUGGUGUCGAUGGGCUGCUGGUUCGAACCCCACCUCCACCUGGUUGUGAAUGCGGCUCUCCUGGGAGUUUCUGGGGGCUCCAUGGGUGACGUUUCUGAUCUGUGAAUGGAGCUGGCCUGAGGGCAUUUCCGGGGGUGGUUGUUUGUUCAGCUCAUCGGCUGCAGACUGGACGGCUGCAGACUGGUCCAGGUGGAGCAGGCUCCCAGCAGCCGGUCUUCGGUUCCUUCGCAGGACGGCGCCCACCACGCACUUCCUACCUCUCCGAGUAAACGCUUGAUUUCUCCUCGGUCCUCGUUGCGCUUUCAUUCUGACGUUUGUCAACCUCUUCUACUUUCAUAUUUUUUGAAUCUUUAAAACAAACAUUUAGAGUAACCGGGAACUUCAAAAUACCAAUGAGAGGCUAUUAAGAAAAUACCUAACUUACCAGUGUAAUUAAUGAAUGAAAUCUAAUAUUGUUUAAAUAAAUAGAUACACUUGCCACCUUAAGGUAAAACAAAACGCUAAAAUGAAAUCACAGGAAGGAGAACUAGAACAAAUUGCUCGGCCGGGCCAUGCUCCCCGCUGCUUGC